GCGCCACAAGUAAACGGACGCUGGAAGUAGAAGUACGGGACGAACUCUGCUGUUUUUUUCUUCCUCUGAGGAAUUAUAUAUUUUUUAAAGACACACAGCUCGCUCCUUUUUCACGUGUUCAUCGAAAGUUSAGUGGAAUACAGCACCGAACUUCCGGGUCGUUCGGACUUUAAAGAAAGGCGGACUUCUCCACAAACUGGAAUCUGAGCUGAAGAAGCAGAAUGGCUACAGACAUUAAACAUCUGGAUUUAUACUUGCUUUGAUAAUCCCUUAUAAACUGUUGAAGACAUUUGGAAAAAGCCAUCCCUUAAGAGGCCUACAGAGCUGACUUAUUUUCCCCGUGUGGAUCAUACCUGAGAGGUUGCCAUCAUGCCRAUUCUCAAGCAGCUGGUGAACAAUUCCAACCAAUCAAAGCGGAGGUCUCGAGCUGACCUGACUGUUGAGAUGAUCAGUGCUCCUAUGGGGGACUUCCGUCACACCAUGCACGUGGGUCGAGCAGGGGAUGCGUUUGGAGACACUUCAUUCCUCAGCACCCGAUCAGGAGAACCCCCCAAGGAGUCGAACAAAAAGCAAGGUUCUCCGAGUUCCAAACCAGGGCUGCUAGCCCGCACUUUCAGAGGCAGCAAGCGGUCUCAGUCAAUAAAUCGAGCGGACAGGAACGAGUACACCUUGUCUUCUAGUAGCUCGUCUCAGUUUGUGAAGAACGCCAUAUCCCUGCCUUACCUGAACGAGGAGAAGUCCGACAGCGGCGUCACCAACCAGCUGCCCAAGAGCGUCUCCUCCAGUCCCAUGAAAACGCUGGCAGAGACAGAAAACAGGCCCACCAACAAAGCAGCAGCAAUGGCAACACUAGACGUGGAGCUUGAUGAGAAGAAUUUUGGCGAACUUAAAGACUUGCCUCCGUCCAUGCCUAAAGGAGGCGGAAUAAAGCACGCAGAGUCCAUGAUGUCCUUCCACAUCGACCUGGGACCCUCGAUGCUCGGAGACAUCCUGGGUGUGAUGGAGAAGAAGACUUGGGAGGAGGACGACCAAGGCUARGAGGAAGGCAAGAGCAGUGAGGGCUACACAUCCCCUUCCCACAUUCCCCACAUCGAUGACGACGAUGCUGAAGAGCAGGCUCCUUCAAGACCGCCUCGCAGCACCCACCCGUACCGCACCGCCGUGGAUCCCUACACUCCAGAGCUGAACGUCCGGAACAACCACCYCAACAUGGAUAGCUACUCAGUGUCCAGCUCAGGUUCAGAGAAACCUCAAUACCCCCUACAGGAUGGUGACACAGACAGUGCAAAGUACAGUUCACCACAUGGAGAAGAUGAGUUUACCUUUAUGGACGAGGAUGAUGAUGAAAUCAGAGUGUAAACGAAGGUUUCACUGCCAUAAACAAUCUCYCUCGUCACUAAAGACAAAAAAGAAGAAAAAAAUUACAGAUUUUGGAAAACUAAGCAGGGUUUUCAGUCAGGGUCACACGAGGUUUCUACUUAUACAUCAGUCUAAUAUCAGAACACUUUACUCAACACUAAAUAAAACAUACUAGGCCMUUUUGUUGUGCUGUAGUAAUAAAAUGUCUGAGAGAAAACAGGCUUAAAAAUAGAUUUUUACAAUGUUUGGGUUAGUCUCAGCACAUAAUUAUCAUUUUUACAAAAAAAAAUUAUAAAAAUCUUGGGUAGACUUUACUUAUUUAAAAAAAGAUGUAAAAAGUGAGAUCAGGAUGGACACCGUGGAAGUGUUGUCAGAUUCUGAAAGUUGAGGUAAAUGACAUGAAGUGAAAAACAUUUUUUAAUCCCAGUGGGUGGCAGUGAUCGUGGAGCCAAUGACACUGUUUUGGCAGAGACAUAACCCAGAUUACUUUCAUCCACGUCUGUUGAAGGGUGGUUCAUGCUAUUUUUAUAUUAUGUGUAWAUGCAGUAUCUGGAAGUUAAUCCACAGUACUUGAGUUGGGUUAACUCUUUGGGAAGAUCUGUAUUUUUUAAUCUGAGACAUCUGCUAUUUUUGUUGUCAUAAGGGAUGGAUUAGUCUUAAUGUGAACUGCUAAGUCUUUAAAAGUGUUUUUGUAAAUCUGACAAUAGAUGGUACUACAAAAAUAAUUAUUUUUUGCAUAUAAGUUGACCAUGUGACACUACGUACUCUUAAGUAAACGUGAUUUUUUUUUUACAAUUGAAAUAAAAAGGCCUUUUCACCAGUUGCAGCUUAUCGGUGUAUUUUAAAAAUGUCUGUCAGGUCGCAGAGUAACAGUGGAUCAACUUCUCUGCACCACUUUUCUUCUAUAGAUGCCCAUUGACCACAUAUAAUACUAGAUAUUUUAUAUAAUACUAGAUCUCUUAUGAGAUCUCAGACGUUGAAGUCUAAGGCCCUGUUCACACGAGAGCGGUCWGUGGAAAUGCUGGUGGUUUUUCAGUGUUUGGGGCUAAUAAACAACAAAAAWKKCCCCGUUUACAUAGAACUGCUGCAGGUGUGUACCAGGCCUUAAGGAUAAAGUUGUACUGUCCCUUUAACUUUAUCUUUUACCUAAGCUGCAUGCUCAAAGGAUGUUAGAACAUAAGGUGUGUGUUUAUUGAAAAUGAGCACAGAAAAGGAGUGGCAAAAAUCAAACUUUUGAUUUUAUCUGGCAACCCUGGUCUCACAAAUAAACUAAUGUUCCUUUGGACCUGGGAUGUUUUUGCUUCUUCAUGCUGCAGAGAGAGACACAAAAAACACUCUGUUUUAAAUUUAUUGUAAUUAUUGUUAGAAGAAACUUUCGCUUUGCUUUUUAACGAAGYUUAAACAAACACCUUAUAAUCCAGUUCCUGUUGGCUUCAGUUUCCCACACUGAGAUCUAGGAUUAUAUCGUGGUCAAUGUUGAUGCACACAAUGGGUGCAUCAGGCUUGAUGAGAUGUAAUGAGGACUAAUAUGAACUGUAAAAAGGCCUUUUUUCUUGUACUUUUUGUUUUUUAAGAAGACAAAUACAGUGUUUGUGUUAAGAUACGUGAAUGUGUUCUGACCUGUAAUUCCACWGCAUUAGGCAGGUCAGUAGGAAUCAGUAGCGUUAACAUGGAGAUUUGAAUCCAGGCUUGUUUGUGAGGACAGGAAACAGGAUGUAACAAAAUGUACAAGAGCAGGUACCUGAAAGAAAAGCAGAAUGUCUCUGAGCUCUGAGGAUGAAAUAUAUUUGCUGAGCUGACUCCCAAGGUGAUACCACUGACCUCCUCCACAUAAGUCAGUUCACAUGGUAGGAAGAGAUGAUUAAAUCAACCAAUCACCUGGCCUUUUCCAGUCUGUUCAUUAAAUGUGCUGGAUUAUGUGGCCCCAACCAGCUGGACCUGCUCCAGGAACAGACAGGUGGGCUCGGUUUUUUUUUAUUAUCUGUUUUCCACCACAGUUGUAAAGCUCAGCUAUAUCCAUGAGAAAUACCAGACCGUUUUGUUUUAAGUUAGAAAACUAAUUGUUUGGCAAAUUGUGGUACGUCACAUCUGGAAUUUGUGGAGUUCUGWUUUCAGCUGUUGGAACAAGAAACAGGUUGAAGCUUUGAAAACUGAAGGUUAUUUGCAGAAAACUGCCAAGUAUGUGUUAACUGGGUUGGAGCCGGACGUUAAUACAGACACUAAGUAUAUUUAAUUUAUGUUGUAUGAACUAAACUUAUUUAAAAAAAAGGAAAAACAGUUACUCUACUUUAGCAGCAAACUAAAAACUUCAGCUAAGUUUUGUUUCAAAAGACGACGGGGGGUCGAAGCCAAAUAAUGUAACAGCAGCAUUUUCUGAAUUGAUCUUAUGUUUUCCUGCUGACUUUAAUAUUUGUUUGUACACAAACACAGUAUCAUUAAGGAGCUCCAGUUCACUCAAAGGGACGGUUAGCAUGGAUUUAGUUGUAUCUUUCUUCAGUGUUGACGUGCGUUAAAAUUUGUAUCCAACUUUUCAAGUAUUCGGGCCACAUUUUGAGAUGUUUUAUUGAAAAGMACACUUAAAAAGUAGUGGUGUCUGGACCGAGGCAGCCUGUGAUGCUCACCUAACAUCUAAUGUACUUUGCUGAAGUGUGUUAAGUGUCAGUUUUUAAACAGAAAGAGGGGACAAAAACCACUCCUUACCUGUUGGUUUUUCAGUCAAGCGGUYUAAUUAGUGCCUCUGAUGAUUCUGGAGAAGCAGUGCGACCGGGCUGAACUAAAGGUGGAGACAGAGGAAAAUAGAACAUUUGCGGUCAAACUGCAUUUUCAAGUUUUAACAACCUACAAGUCAUCAGCUCUUUACACAGCUGGCUCAUUAGAGGAAUAUGAGACACGAGAUACUAAAUUGCACUGAAACACUUCCUUGUAAUUGUGUGAGCUGUCUGCCAUUUGUUGCACCAAUGUGAGCCCGAACAAACAUUAAAAACUUGCCGUCUCUGAGGUCUGCUCAAAGGUUUUCUUCUGUGACAGCAGUGGUUUAGUAAAGUGCAAAAAAAAGAAGAUAAAAUGGAGAAAAACAACUUGGUUCAAAGUUAAUCUGUAGAUAUUUUCCUCCAGUGGCUGUAGCUUUACGCCAAGUAUGAACUAUUUGUAUUCUUUUUUCCAAAUUUGGAGUUUACUGUAUAUUAAUAUAUUCACCUCCCUAACUUUCCUGUCUUUGAAAUAACAGCUUUAUUUUUCAAUAAAAGAGAAAGCUGGUCAUCUUUGCCUCAA